AUGUCUAGCUCUAGUUUUGGUUCAGGAGGACCUAAUUCUCAAAGUCAGCCCAAAUUAGUGUUCUGCCAUGGCUGUAAGAAGGAUAAGCCGCAACAUACAUUCUCCAAAACUCAGUUGGCCAAGCACAUGUCCAACUUUUCCAAUCAGUACGCUCCGAAAGGAAGGACCACGAAAAUACAUCAUACGAUGUGUAAACAAUGUACCCCACAACAGAAUUUGAAGCUAACUUGUAUGCUAUGCACUCGAACCAAACCACUCGAAGAUUUCGCCAAGGCACAGCGGAAAAACGCGGAAAAAGCAAAAUGUUUAAGCUGCAUGAAGAAACGCGAAAAGCAAGAUCUCACGGAUAGUGAACCGGACGAUGACUCUGAGGGAGAGUACAACGACACAUGGGAUGACAUUCUUUAG